GUGAAACUUCGUUCGUCGUCGUAAGCGCCUCGUAUUGGCACGGUGGCGUACGAAGCGAAGCUUCGGCAAAGUGUCCGUAAGAACGUUAACGAUUGCCGAACAGAGCAGUCGCGUUCGCGCGUACCUAAUAUACGCGCGUUGGGAUUACGUUCUGUUGUUGUCAAAAAGAAAGAAAGGCAGGAGAAGGAAAGACGAGAGAUAUGUAUUCUCCCGUCAUUUAUCGUCGUAGGAAGUUCGACAGCGGGAAGAUGUCGUCGGGUAGAUAAUUGUUGUCCGAGAGCAGCCUACGGGCGAGUCUCUUGAAGGCUUCAGAAGGAAACGAAAUAAAGAAAAGGAGAGAGAGAGAGAGAGAAAGAGAGAAACUUGGCACUACGUUCAAAAAUACAUACACACACACACACACACAUAUAUAUAUAUAUAUAUGAUAGAGAAAGAGAGAGAUAUAGAUAGAGAGUAUAGUAGUAUACACGAGCAUAUAUAUUAUAUCGUAUUUUGCAUCCUUCUCUUUCUCUCUCUUGCGGGAUUUGUCCCUCCUCUAUCGCCAACGUCGACACACCGUCAGAACGUUUAUCAUCAUUCGUCGUCGUUGUAAUCGUCAAUGUUUUCUAACCGUAAUCACGGAAACGGUGGUGGUAAUUAAAAAGAAGAAGAAGAAGAAGAAAAAGGAGAAAUAGAAAAAGAUUGGAAGGAAAAGGUGACAGUGCCAACGUCGUUGGAAUUUAUGGUGCGCCUGCGAGAGAGAAAGACUGUAAAGUGAAAGAAAGAUAUAUAUAUAGAGAGAGAGAGAGAAAGAGAGAGAGAGAGAGGUAACGCGAGCUACGAGAGAGAUUAUUGGAGAUAGAAAGAGAGAGAGAGAGAGAGAGAGAGAGAGAGAGAGAGAGAGAGGGAUAUAUCGGUGACGGGUGUGUGUGCGCGAGAAACGAGACAUACGGUGCUAGAGAAGGCACGAAGAAGAAAUCUAUCGGUACUCUUGUGCUUUAGUAAACGUCGUUUCGAUCGUCGUAGUUGGUUGAUGGUAGUGGUUGUGCGGUGACAGUUCUCCCGUUGUCCCGUUCAAAAAAAAGUGUUCUCAUGUGUAUGUCAUCUCCGUUAAGGCUUAAGAAAGAUAGAAUAUAAGAGAAAGAAUCAACAAUAACAAUAACAAUAACAAUAAGAAGAGGAGAAAAGAAAAAAUGCCGGGCCUAAUCGCGGUGAGCGAGUUCGUCGAGGAAACGAGGGAGGAUUAUAACUCGCCCACUACGUCGACCUUCGUUUCUCGAAUGCCACAAUGCAGGCAGACCAUCACAUCCCUCGAAGAGACUCUGGACUUCGACAGAGACGGUCUUACCAAACUAAAGAAGGCUAUCAAGGCAAUUCACAAUUCUGGAAACGCCCACGUCGAUAACGAAGUUUAUCUCGGGAGAGCCCUUGAAAGACUCGGCGAUGCUGCCCUUAAGGAACAAGAGCCCGACAUAGGAGCAGCAUUCCUUAAAUUCGCAGUGGUCACCAAGGAAUUGAGCGCCCUUAUGAAGACUCUGAUGCAAAACAUCAAUAACAUCGUAAUGUUUCCGUUGGAUUCGGUACUGAAAGGAGAUUUGAGAGGUGUGAAGGGCGAUCUCAAAAGACCAUUCGAAAAGGCGUGGAAGGACUACGAGGCAAAGUAUGCGAAAAUCGAGAAGGAGAAAAAGCAACAUGCCAAGGAGGCCGGCCUUAUUCGUACGGAGGUUACACCAGCCGAGAUUGCCGAUGAAAUGGAGAAGGAGAGGCGAUUAUUUCAAUUGCAAAUGUGCGAGUAUCUCAUAAAGGUGAAUGAAAUCAAGACAAAGAAAGGUAUCGAACUGUUGCAGCAUCUAGUCGAAUAUUAUCAUGCUCAGACCAACUAUUUUCAAGAUGGCCUAAAGACCAUAGAACAUUUUGGUUCUUAUGUGGCCGAUCUGAGUAUUAAGCUGCAAAAGAUUCGACAAACUCAGGAUGAAGAACGAAGACGUUUGACAGAGUUAAGGAGUUUACUUAGGAGUUCAGGUUGUGAUAAAGAGCUAAAUGUAAAUGCAAGCGCAGGAUAUUCCUUGCACCAACUUCAAGGUGAUAAACAGCAUGGUGUAACACGUUCUGGACAUUUGUUGAAAAAAAGUGAAGGAAAGAUGAGGAGGGUUUGGCAAAAAAGAAGAUGUGCCGUACAAGCCGAAGGUUAUUUGGAUAUCUGUCAUGCGGAUGAGAAUAAACCACCUACAAGAGUGAAUCUACUUACGUGCCAAAUAAAGCUGGUACCGGAUGAUAAAAGAGGCUUUGAUCUUAUAAGUUAUAAUCGUACGUACCAUUUUCAAGCGGAAGAUGAAGCAGAUCAACGUGCUUGGAUGUCGGUAUUGGUAAAUUGUAAAGAAAGAGCUUUGCUACGUGCAUUCGAUGCUAGUGGGAAAGCUGAAGCUGGCCAAGGAAAUCCUAGUUUAGUCGAAUUACAACAGGCAGUUAUACGAUGCGUUAUGCGAUUACCUGGAAACGAACAAUGUUGUGACUGUUCCUCUCAAAACGAUGCUACCUGGUUAUCUACAAAUUUUGGUAUAAUCGUAUGUAUAGAAUGUAGUGGUAUUCAUCGAGAUUUAGGGGUGCAUAUAUCAAGGAUACAGUCUUUAACUUUAGACAAUGUGGGAACCGCCCAAUUAUUAUUAGCACGGCAUAUGACUAAUCAAGCAUUUAAUGAAGUGAUGGAAGCUACAUUACAUCAUAAUCUUAAACCAACGCCUACGUCAACGAUGGAAGAACGGUACGAAUUUAUAAGAGCCAAGUACGUUGAUAAAAAAUACGUCAUGAAUACUUGUGCGGAUGAACGAGAUCUCUUAUCAGAUUUAGAACAUGCAGUUAAUAAUCGUGAUCUGCAACAACUCUUACAAGUUUAUGCUGAGAACGUCGAUCUAGCAGCACCUUUGCCCACCUCUGAUAUAGGUGAGACUGCUUUACAUUUGGCAAUCUUACGAGAGAUGGGCAACAGUCUACAAAUUGUUGAUUUUCUUAUACAAAAUAUGCCAACUGGUGGUAUUGAUAGGACAACGGUUGACGGUGAAACGGCGUUACAUCUUUCAGCGAGGCACGAUAGAUCGGAAGCUAUGAAAUUACUUUUACGAGCUGGUGCCGACCCAAGUUACAGAAAUAAACAGGAUAAAACUCCGUUGGACAUUGCUCAGGAAAUGGGACAUCAUACUUGUAAAGAAUUACUUAGUCAUGCUUUACAAAGACAGAAGACAUUAUUCGAUAACGUUAACAUCGAUUGGAAUCUAUCUCAUGAUGAAGGUUCAACGGACUUUUCCGAUGACGAAACGAUCAUUGAAGAUAGGAAUGGCUGUCUAACGCCUGAGAAAAAGUCACGUAGCAGACCACCUUCGUAUGCUGGUGGUGGAGGCACAGGUUCUGGUGAUUCACCGGUGACAUUACGUAGUCGUAGCAGUACUUGUGAUAGUCUACAAAGUGGUUCCUCGCCAAGUUCCUCUACCAACAGACAACAAAUGCCACCGCCUCCUCCACCACAAACGAGAAAACCUGUUGCUGUACCCACACCGAUGACACCAGAUAUUUCAAUAAAUAUCCAUGGAUCAUUGAAGAAACGUGUUGCACCGCCUCCCCCACCAUCAGGAAGCUCAAGUGGCAUUCCAUCUUCUCAUUAUGGUACACUACCUUCGUCAGCGUCAUUAGCAACAUCCACACAUAGCCGGACGACGAGUGAGCCAAUCUUAGCUGGACACACCUUACACACACUAUCGCAUACUUUAAACACACUUAACAAUCAACACCAUAAAAGAUCACCCAGUGGAGACUCUUCUACAGGGCAUGGAAUGGACAAGACCAAUAGUUCUACGCUACAAAGACCACGUAAUCCACCACCACCUGCACCGUCCAGUGUUAGCACUUCCAGAUUGAGUAAUGGUCGUAGUAGCGAGUCUCUAAGUUCCAUGUGUUCGGAUCAUGGCCUUGGCAAUCCUGUUCCUCCUCCACGAAAGCGAAGGGACCGAUCCAGGCUAGAGAGCUACGCCGAGGAGCCUUCAUCUUUGCUCUCAAAUCUAAAUCUGCCAACGUCAUCGACCUUGAACGGUUUUCGACGAUGUCGAGCGCUAUACGAUUGUGAGGCUGAUAACGAGGACGAGUUAUCAUUCCGUGAGGGUGAGGUUAUAAUCGUAACGAACGAACAAACCGACGACGACAAUUGGAUGGAAGGUGCAUUGGAAAGAGCACCUGAAAGGAGAGGGAUGUUCCCGAUAAGCUUCGUUCAUAUGCUGCAAGAUUAACAUUCGGUAAGCCUAAACUCGUUGGCAAGUGUCUCGAGUACGGCAAGUUCGGUAAGCAUCGCCAGCCUUGGAAGAAGAAAUUGGCUGAGAAAGCAGAAGGAUUAGAAGGAGAGACGAAGGGGAUCGACGUUGGAGAACGUGAAAUCUUUAAUUUAUUAAAAAUAUUUUUUUGUUUUAUUUUAUUUUAUUUUUUUUUCUUUUCUUUUUUUUUUUUUUUUUUUUUGAAGGUUAACGUGCAAAGAAAAACAAGUUAAAUAAUCUUAAGCUGGCUCUUAGGGAGACCAUGUUUAGUUUUUUUAAUUUCUUUGAAGUUGAACGGGAAUUGUUCCUUAUUUUUUGUUUUGUUUUUAUCUCUUUUCUUUUUUUUUCUUUAUUUUAUUUUCGUUUCGUUUCGCUUCACUUCAUUUCGUUUCGUUUUGUUUCGUGCAAAAUUAUGAGUGUUAACCAUUCAAUGUUUCGAAUGACAAUCACGAAUCAACUUUUUUUUUAUUAAAAAUGAGAGAAAAAGAAAGAAACAAAAAGAAAAAAGACAAAAGGAAAUGAAAAGAGAAAAUGAAAGUGUUUUGAAAAAAUUGGCGGGAAAAAUGUUGAAAUGUUUCUUCUUUUAAAUAUCCAAGGGAUUAUGCGAAUUUAAUAAAGGGAUGUGCGAAUGGAUCGUGAUUACUCGAAACAAUUUUAAUUGACUGAAUAUUGAUCGAGUAUUCGAACAGUAAAGAUGUUCGAUAAAAAAAAAAAAAGAAAAAGGAAAAGAAAAAUGAGAGAGAGAGAGAGAGAGAGAGAGAGAGAGAGAGAGAAGAAAGAGAGAAGAAAGUAAAAGAAGAAAAGAAAAGAAAUCAAAAAUCGAAGUAACCUAUCGGGGUAUUUAAUACACGAGAAAGAUAUUUCGAUGUGCUUAAUAAACGAAUCCGCUGAAAACGGAUAGUUGCUUGGUUCUAAGCCGUUACCAAAAUGUGAUAUCGUAUAUUUCAUUGUAAAUCGUUAGAAUACACACAUAUACACGCGGACACAUACACAUACGAACACACAUGACACACAACACGCACGAACUUACAUACAUAACAUUAUAAAAGCGAAUACGUAUAUGAACAUAUUAUAUUCAUUUAAUCAUCAUGAAGAGUGAAAGGGAGAUUACGAUAGUUCAGUCCAACUUAAAUGAUCGUGAGAUAAGAAAAAAAAAAACAAAAUGGCGAACAAAAUAACGCAGAAAGAAAAAAAAAUCUAACUAUUUCGAUCUUUUUCGUAUGAACAAAAAUCAUAUUUAUGACGUAUGUACCGUUGUCCAUCGUGACGUCACGAAGAAAACCGAAUCAGCACGAACGACGUGUGUGCGUAAAUAUGAAAGUUAGGUUAUCAUUGUCAUCGCGACGUCACGAAGAAAAUUGAAUUUGGACGAGUGAGUUGUACAAAUAAGAAAAAAAUGAGGUUACCGUCAUCUUCGUGACGUAACGAAGAAAAUAGAAUUUACACGAACGAUGUGUGUAAAGAAAUUAAACGAGGUUAUUGUUAUUGUCGUGAUGUCACGAAGAAAACCGAAUAUGCAUAAACGAUGUAUGUAAAAAGUGAGGUUAUAUUUCUCGAUGUUACGUAUAUACUAUACCAACAAUAACAUUACAACAAUAACAGUGUAUGUAUUCUUAAUCUGGCAUACACACACACACACACACACACACACACACACACAUACGUACAGGUAUGCAUAUAUAGAAAGAUAUUUGUCCCAUACUGCCAAUGAAAAAAAAAAAAAAAAAGAAAAAAGGAAGAAGAUACAUUAAAUGCCAUAAAUGUGCUCCUGUGAAAUGGCACAAAAGGGGUAAAGAAAAUGAAAGGGUAACGGAUUAUUACUGAAAUUCUACAGAUGUAUACAUAUAUAUAUACAUACAUAUAUAUAUAUAUAUAUAUAUAUAUAUAUAUAUAUAUAUGCGUGCGUAUGUAGGUACACACGUAAGUAUAUAUAAAAAAAAUGAAAAUAAUAGGUCUACUAUUAUAAAAACUCCAUCCUGUUUAAGUAUAAAAUCGAUAAAUUAAAAUAUUGCAUGGAUAUUACGAGUAUUGUAUUAAUAUAUAUUAUAUAUACACACACACACACAUACACACACACAUACACGCACAUACAACUAACAGAUACACAUAUACAAUUGACUUAAAGAUGACGUGUUACGAGUACGUGUAAAUUUUUUUAAUGCCAUAUUAUGUGCUAGUAAAAAAAGAGCUCUGAAUAAUGAUAUGUGUGUGAGUGUGUAUAUAUAUAUAUACACAUACAUACACAUACAUAUAGAAAUAUUAUAUAUAGAGAGAGAAAGAUAUAUUGGUUAGAAAUCUUACGAGAUAAUAUUAACAAAUUCUUUGACAUCGAUUUUCACGAGAUUAACUUUGGAAAAUCGAAGACGAAGAAUUCAAAAUCGAUUUUCUCGUUUUAGCUUAUUUUAAGGUUACGUCGCACGGCGUAGGAAGGAUGACGACGUAUGUUGAAAAUUCGAAUUUAUAGUAUUCUAUAUACAUGUGAAUAAAUACAUAACCAAAGAGAAACCAUGGAAAAAAGUUUAAAAACGGUGUGAGAAUCUUGUAAGAAAAAAAAAAAAAACGAAACAAAAAAGAAGAAAAAACAUUUCUAAAGGUCGAUGCGGAAAUUCAAAUGUCGCGCCUUUUUUAUACGUUUCUUCUUGUUCGAUAUCGUUUGAAUUGUAUUCCUUUUUUUAUGUCUCUUAUUAGCGUAUUUAAUUUAUAACGUAAAUACAUUGAACGCAUAUAAAAAUAAAAAUGAAAAUGAAAAUGAAAAUUAAGAAAAAUAAAAUAAUAAUAAAAAAGAAAAAAAAAUAAAAUAAAAUAAAAUAAAAUAAAAUUUGGCUUUCACUAUUAUUGACGGUUACGUUGUCUUUUGGCAUUUUGGAUUUUUACGUCGCAUAUUUUGUGUACGUGACACAAUAAAAAUUCACGUACGUAACAUGCCAUUGCUAGCUUGUCGGGAAAACCUUUUAAUUAAGGGAUUAAUGUGUAGCACGCAUAUUUUUGUGUAUAUAUGUACGUAUAGAGAAUGAUGGAGAAAUGUAUGAAUGUUCUUUGUGUGUGUGUGUGUGUGUGUGUGUGUGUGUGUGUGUGUGAGAGAGAGAGAGAGAGAGAUGUAAAGGGAGAGAAAAUGUGAAAGAAUGUGAGAGAAAGGAAUAAUCGAUGUUUAUAAUUUAUGAUAUAUAUAUAUAUAUAUAAAAUGAAAAAAUCCACUUAAUUAUUAUAAUAGUAUUAAGUAUACAGAUACGAUGUCUGUUAAUUAUGGCAAUUGGAGAGAGACUCAUUUCUCAUCUUUGGCAUUUCGAAAACACGCUCAUAUAGAAAAUAUUUACACGAACACAUGGAUUCUUAGACGAUAAGUAUUUAUUAUUAUUUUGUAGCGCCUUUUAAAUCGCGAAAAAUAUCGAUGAUGCAUAAGGAAUAAAAGAUGGAAGAAGAAGAAAAAAAGAAGAGGGAGAGAAAGAGAAAAAGAGAGAAAAAGAAAGAAUAAAACAGAAGAAGAGAGGAGAAAAGAAUGUAGGGAGUGAAGGAUUUUUCGAAUUAUUUCGUACGACAUUAUGAAAUAAGACUUUCAUUGUAAUUCGUAUGCGUAUUAGAUACGGGAAAGAAAAAUAAUAAUAAAAAUACACGAAUACCGCGAUAAUAAUAGUUACUUAUUGAUAUGUUUCAAACAUGUGUAUGACGUAUCAAAACUUUAACGUAUGGUUCUCUGAAAAAGAGAAGACUUUUAUUCGAUCGUCAUAUAAAACAUAUUUACUGAUAUACCGAAAGAUUUCGUAUGCAUUAGUAUCAAAUGACGUCGAAUAUUUGCAGUAGGGAUGUAACGAGAAUCACUAUAAUCAUUUUUCUUUUAAAUUAUUAAGAAAAAAGAAUCACGUGAUUGAAAGCAGUUUUAAAAGAGAAAAAAUGAUCAUAUGACUAUGUUAUACCGUUUGUUGGUAACUUAUCGACCGAUGAUAAUCGACGAUACACUUUCUCUGUCGAUAAAGUAGAUAACUAUAUAUAAUAGAAUAUUCAUGAAGGUAAAUUUGUAAAGAUAGAUCGGUAAUAAAGGGAGAGAAAUAAUAAGCAUAGUUUUAAAAUUAAAGAAAAAAAAAGAAGAAAAAAAAAAGAAAAACCUGUUACACAUCGUACGAUUUCGAUAUAUUCUUGAAGUCGUGAAAUCAAAUCAAUAAAAUAUCAAAAUAUAUUCAACGAGUAAUAUGUAAUUAAGCAUCACCGAUCUGCAGAUAUUUGGCCAAAAUAUAUAUAUAUAUAUAUAUAUAUAUAUAUAUAUAUAUAUAUAUAUAAGAGGAAAGAACAAUUCACACGAAAGACGACAAUAUAUCGAUAUCCCACUUGUAUACUUCUUUACCAUUGAAAUUGUGCACAAUGUCUCUUUAAGUCGCGCGCGGAUUCAAAUGGAAGAAAAAAAUAAACGCUAUUUAGAAAGCUGCAGUA